GCAAUGGCCCAUGGUCGCCGCUCGAGGUCCCCCCCCCCCGGGGCUCCCUGCGGGCCGCAUGGGCACGGGCGCCUGCAGCUGGCUGGCCGGGGGGCGCGGAGAGAUGGUGUGGUGCCCCCCGGACCUCUGGGGGCGCGGCGCCGCCCCAGCGCCGCUGGCCGUGGCCGCGCAGCCGCACCACGGCCGCACCACCUCGCCGCGCGCCGCCGCUCGGCCGUGGCCGGGGGCCACCGGGGAGGCCGUCGCGAAGUACGUGGCGGACAACACCCUGCUGCGGGCGCCGACGCCCGGCCUGUCGUGCAGGCGCUCGAAGCGGCUGGACGACCGCGACGACGCGGGCCACGUGGUGCACUGGGGCGCCGUCGUGGCCGGCCGCGAGACCGGGGACGGCUGGCUCAGGCUCGAGGCGGGCGGGCUCUUCCUGCCCAUGGAGCUGGAGGGCGUUCGCGUGCUGGCCAGCUGGCCCCCCAGCCUGGAGCAGCAGGACGAGGCCCCCGGCUCCUCCUGGCAGCGACCCGGCGAGCUGCUGCCGCCUGCCGAGCCAGAGCUGCCAGCGCGGCGCGCCUCCGCGGAGCACCCGGCAGGUCUCGCACUCGCCGCAAUCUCUGGCCACUCGGCGCCAGGAGCAUGGCCGCCCUGCCACUUGCAGCCGCCCGCAGUCCAGCACCCAGAGCUCCCGGCCAUGCCGCAGCCGACCUUCCAGCUGCAGGUUCCCGGCCUCUCUGUGCCGGGCCUGGCGCCGCUGCUCGCGCCACCAGCGCCCGCUCUGGGCAGCGGAGCCGGCGGUGCACCCUGCUGGGCUGGGACGGCCGAGGGCAGCUGGGCGGCACACACAGUCACAGGCUCCCCUUGCGCGACCAGAGAGUGGCCAUCGGACGCCGUGCGGCCGACAGAGGCCUCGCCGUGGCUGCAGGAUCUGCUCGCGAGCGGAGCGGCGCCGCCCGCAGACACAUGCAGGCAGGGCUCGCCCUGCGACGACUUCUCCGGCCUGGCCAGGCUCUUGGAGGAGACCGAGGCUGAGUUCGCCCGCAUCAAGCGCAGCUUGCACGGGAUGCACCACGGCCUGCAUCUUGCGGGCAGCCUCCUCGGGCCGCGCUCGCCCGACAGCGGCCCGACGUCCGGGCUGGCGCACGGGGCUCCCGCCCGCGAGAGCUCGGGGGGCUUGGCGCCCGCCCCGCCUCCGCUGGAGGCCCCUGCUGGGGGCCGACCCGGCGGUGGCCCGGCGCCCAGCCCGCCGCUGCUGGCGCGAGGGCCUGGCGGCUGCCCAGACAGGGUCCGGCGGCCCCUCGGCUGCGACCGCCUGGUGCGCAGCCCGCCGCGGCGGCCCCCUGAGGGCCGCGGCGCGGCCUGCGCCACGCCCCCCCCCGCGGCGGGCCACCGCCUCGGCUCGGACGCCGCCAGCCUGCCGGACCCGCCGUGGACGCACGGCUCGGAGGCCCCGGGCGCGGCCGCUGGCGCCCAGGGCGGCGGCGCCGCCGGGGCGGCCGCAGCGCGCCGCGCGGCGCCCCGCGAGGAGGGCGUGCUCGCCGCGAUCCUCGGCGCCGCGGCCAGGGGCUCGCCAGGGGGCACCCGGGCCAUCCUGAUGUCCACGGAGCGCGCCGCGCCCGCCGCGGGGGCCGCCUCGCCCAGGGGGUCCCCGGCGCCCGGCGUCGAGGGCGGGGCGCGCGCGGAGCUGCCCGCGCCGGCGGCGCCGCCGCGGGAGCAGCCGGCGGAAGAGCCGCCGCGCGCCUCCCCCGACGGGCCGCCAGAGCCGCGGCGGCGCCCUGCCGCAGGCAUCGGCGCCCGCGCGGAGGGCCACUGCGCGGCGUUGGAGGCGGCCAUGGCGCGGGUUCGCGCGGGCAGGUGCCAACGCACGACGUGUACAGGCGCUGGCGCAGCGCAAAAGCUGGCGGCGGGGGGAGGACUGGGAGGGAAAGAAGAAGGGCGAGCCAGCGGAGGGAGAGGACGUUCUCCCCUGCCACGAGGGGCAGCCAGUUACGCAGAUCCAGGCCUCCCAGAUGUGGGCAGGUCGAAUGAGGUCGGAGGGUGCCGC